GGAACAAACAAAUAAAAAUCCAGAUAAAUUACCACACGCUGAACUGGAAAUACACGAAUGGGAAGGUAAAGUUGAUCGUGGUAAAGAUGAAUUUGAACAAAUAUCACGUACAAUUAAAGAUGAAAUGGACUCAUUUGAAACGACAAGAAUUGAUGAUUUCAAAAAAGCUAUGGAUCAAUAUUUAAAGCGUUUAUUAGAACAACAAGAAAAAAUUUUAGACAUAUGGGAACAUUAUCUACCAGAAGCAAAUAAAAUAGCCGUUUGA